CUCCCUCGUUAUCGCUGGAUAUAUCUUUUCCCAAAAUCACAGUUUGAAAAAAAAAAAAAAAAAGGAAAAAAAUGGGACGCGCAGUUCUCUCUCAAUUUCUCACCCUUUCUCCUCGCCUCUCAUCUUCACUGUUUUGCGGCAGACUUGGAAGUAAAUACUUGAAAAGGCCUGGAUUCAUCCGUCAUAACCGUACUAUAAAUGGAUACAAUGGCGCUGGUUUCCGUUGCUGCUGCAGUGUCUCGCUCUCGCAGCCAGCUGUUCCCGAGACUUCUUCUAUCCCGGUGAGGAAGAGGAUAGUGUCUGGAGUCCAGCCAACAGGAGCUAUCCACCUUGGGAAUUAUCUUGGAGCCAUAAAGACUUGGAUUGAGCUUCAGAACUCAUAUGACACACUCUUUUUCAUUGUGGACCUCCAUGCGAUUACACUACCAUAUGAUACACAGCAACUAUCUAAGGCAACAAGGAAUACAGCAGCUAUUUAUUUGGCAUGUGGUGUGGACACCUCAAAGGCUUCUGUCUUUGUGCAGUCACAUGUUCGUGCUCAUGUAGAAUUGAUGUGGCUACUGAGUUCUGCCACACCAAUUGGUUGGCUAAAUAGAAUGAUUCAGUUUAAAGAGAAAUCUCGCAAGGCGGGAGAUGAAAAUGUUGGAGUUGCUUUAUUGACCUAUCCUGUUCUGAUGGCUUCUGAUAUUCUUUUGUAUCAGUCUGAUUUAGUUCCAGUAGGUGAAGAUCAGAAGCAGCAUUUGGAGUUGACUCGUGAGUUGGCCGAGCGUGUUAACUAUUUAUAUGGAGGAAGGAAGUGGAAAAAGUUGGGAGGGCGUGGUGGUGCUAUUUUUAAGGUUCCUGAGCCCCUUAUACCGCCAGCUGGAGCACGAGUCAUGUCCCUAACAGAUGGUCUUUCAAAGAUGUCCAAAUCUGCACCUUCUGAUCAGUCUCGCAUCAAUCUUCUUGACCCCAAGGAUGUGAUAGCAAACAAGAUAAAGCGUUGCAAGACUGACUCAUUUUCAGGCAUGGAAUUUGACAGUCCUGAACGUCCUGAAUGCAACAAUCUUCUUUCGAUAUAUCAGCUAAUUUCGGGCAAGACAAAAGAGGAAGUUGCACAGGAAUGCCAAGAUAUGAACUGGGGCACAUUUAAAACCCUCCUGACAGAUGCAUUGGUUGAUCAUUUACAUCCUAUACAGGUUCGGCAUGAAGAAAUUAUUUCUGAUCCAGCUUAUUUGGACGGAGUCUUGGGAGAAGGGGCUACUAAAGCUGCAGCUAUAGCUGAUGCUACUCUUAGUAAUGUCUACCAGGCAAUGGGCUUCUUGUAUAGAUGAGUGAAUUGGUUUGCGUACAAACCUUAAUGUGACUUUUAGAUGAUUUAUCAUCGCCCACCAUUUUUUGGAGUAUAUACCCAUUGAAAUGGUCUAAAUGAGUGCAAAGGUUAUUUCUUUGAAGGCCCACAAAUUGUUUGAUGGAGUUUCCUCUACCUCAAAUUUCCAGAUAGGUGCCAUUAUAUCCCUUAAUGCUCUUUAAAGAUGGGGCUUUCUUACUUUUUUUUACCAAGACAAUUUUAUUUGUAUAAAAAUACAGCGAUCCUAAUUAAAAUUUAAACUCUUUCAUGUUUUGCAUGGGAACAAA